ACUGCCCUGUGUAUUUCCAGCCGCGGGUUCAGGCUUUCUCUCCUGAGAAAAGAGACCUACCGUACUUGUUUUUUUUUCCCCCUGCACGCGAAGGGCGAGUUCCACGUGCUGAUCGAAUAAAGUCAGGUUUUAAGAUUUCUCCACUGCUACCUGUUGAGCGCUGAAGUUUUCUAACUCUUUAACUGGCAGAGAAAACUGAACCCAAUCAGGAGCCCUUAGACAGUAAUGCCAGUUCAGUCAGUAUUGUUUCUUUUUUGUAGAGAUCCGGAAAUUCCAGUAUCAAUUAAGUGGAAAGACAGACUCUCCUUCUAUCUGCCCGGGAAACAGUCUUUAUUAAUAGCAACACUGACAGAACCUGAGGUUUGGAGAUGUACUAAUGGCUUUCAGUCGGUGUUGGAAAGCUCCCAGGAGCCAAUGGAGUUUCCUGCAGGCUGUGAACAGUGGGUUUCCCCUGUUUCUCAGGAGGACAGUGGCGAGUUGUUUGGAUCCUAAGAUGAAAGCCUUCCUGGAGGAGAACACUGAAGUCACCAGCAGUGGCAGCCUUACCCCUGAAAUCCAGUUACGGCUUUUAACCCCCAGGUGCAAGUUUUGGUGGGAAAGGGCUGACCUGUGGCCCUACAGUGAUCCCUACUGGGCUAUCUACUGGCCAGGAGGCCAGGCUCUGUCUAGGUAUCUUUUGGAUAACCCUGAUGUCGUUAGAGGAAAGUCUGUCUUAGACCUUGGAAGUGGAUGUGGAGCUACAGCCAUUGCUGCUAAGAUGAGUGGAGCAUCAAAGAUCUUGGCCAAUGACAUAGACCCCAUUGCAGGAAUGGCGAUUACACUAAAUUGCAAGUUAAAUGGACUGAAUCCUUUUCCUGUUUUAACUAAAAACAUUUUGAAUACUCAACAAGGUAAGUUUGAUCUCAUUGUUCUUGGAGAUAUGUUUUAUGAUGAAGACCUUGCAGACAGUCUUCAUCUGUGGCUGCAGAACUACUUUUGGACCCAUGGGACCCGAAUACUGAUUGGUGACCCUGGGAGGCCCCAGUUCAGUGGACAUAGCAUUCAGCAUCAACUGUACCAACUAGUAGAAUACAUACUUCCAGAGCCAACCCAGCAAGAUAACAAUGGACUGACCACAAGUGCGGUAUGGGAUUUUCAUCCCUGAUUUGUCAAAGUGCUUUUAAGUAUGAAUAUAGUUCUGUUUGUGUUAAGUUCUAAAAAUUUCCUCUGUAGGAGGUACUCAACAGUUUAAAGAAUGCAAUUCAGUGGGGUGUGGUGGCUUGGGCCUUCAAUACUACCACUUGGGAGGCUGAGGUAGGCUCAUCUCUGUGACUUUGAGGCCAGUUUGGUCUAUAGUGAGUUCAAGGACAGCCAGACCCUGUUUCAAAAAUAGAUAGAUAGGUAGAUAGAUAGAUAGAUAGAUAGAUAGAUAGAUAAUAAAGUAAAUUUCUUUUCCUUUGCUAUGAUACUUUGGAUAACUCUGUAUAGUUUACUAAAGUUAGUUAUGGUUAUGUUCCCAUUUCACAUACCAGGGUGUCAGGAUUUUAUAAUGAAACACUGUAUCAUGUACAAUCUGUUAUGUAGAAGAUAUAUCUAUGUUUAGAUGUAGUAUACAUAAUUUGCUUCAGUAUUAAUAAAAUAUCUCUGGAAAGAUAAGUAA